UCGCCUGCGAUAGGAUACUUUCAGCAAACCUCACAUCUCUUAAGCAAAUUUUUACACCUCUGAACAUCUCUAUUCACCUUUUUAACAUCUUUACCAUUAAUCUGAGCAUUUCCCUGCACGAAUAUCAUCUUCUGAAGAAAUGCCGUAUUACACCAGCUGGGAUUCGUCCGACUCUGGACCGUGGGUUGAGGAUGGUGAUGUCCAACACGUUGUCUCUGCGCCCCACGUGUACCACCAGGAGCAGGACUUCACCCCCAGCACUCAGGGCCAGGCAUACUACAGCCUGCCUGCCCAGCCGUAUUACGCAAGCUGGGAUUCGUCCAACUCUGAACCGUGGGUUGAGGAUGGUGAUGUCCAACACGUUGUCUCUGCGCCCCACGUGUACCACCAGGAACAGGACUUCACCCCCAGCACUCAGGGCCAGGCGUACUACAGCCUGCCUGCCCAGCCAUAUUAUGCAAGUUGGGAUUCGUCGAGCUCUGAACCGUGGGUUGAGGAUGGUGACGUCCAGCACCUUGUCCCUGCCCCCCAUGUGUACAACCAGGAACAGGACUUCACCCCCAGCACACUGGGCCAGGUGUAUUACAGCCUGCCUGCCCAGCCAUAUUGCGCAAGUUGGGAUUCGUCGAGCUCUGAACCGUGGUUUGAGGAUGGUGAUGUCCAGCACCUUGUCCCUGCCCCCCACGUGUACCACCAGGAACAGCAGUUCACCCCCAGCACUCAGGGCCAAGCGUAUUACAGCCUGCCUGCCCAGCCAUAUUACGCAAGCUGGGAUUCGUCCAACUCUGGACCGUGGGCUGAGGUUGGUGACGUCCACCACGUUGUCUCUGCACCCCACGUGUACCACCAGGAACAGGACUUGACCCCCAGCACUCAGGGCCAGGCGUAUUACAGCCUGCCUGCCCAGCCGUAUUACCCCAGCUGGGACUCUUUUUCCUGCUCUGGACCGUGUGUUGAAGCUGGUGACCCGCCACACCCUAUCCCAUCCUCCCACAUGUACCACCAGGAGCAGAUAUUCACUCCCAGCACUCAGGACCAGCAGAUAGAGCUUCCAGUGAUGGCUGCACUUUCAGAGGACCAAAAUUGCAGCUCCAUGCCUGAAUAUCUGGGGACCAAGUAGAAGACAUCAGGACCACAGAUCCAUAGACCAAGCCCCUACUGAGUUAUAAUGGACUUUUCAAUAAGGAUUUACAUUGUCAAAACAAAGCUUCCAAGAUUUUUCAUGCUUACAAUACUUUAUACUUUUUUUUAUAUAUAUAUAUUUUUAAGAAGAACAUAUUGAAAUCAUUCUCACGGCUGGAUCGGGAAGCUGUUGCGAUGAACUUUAAUAGGAAACAUGGCAAGCACAUCACACACACGAACGACAUUGUUGCCAAACUUAUUAAGAAAUUCAAAUAGACUACGGACCAACCGAGAAGUGGACGUCCAUGAAUAUCCACUGACGAAGGCACAACCGACGUGGUGCUGGCAAACAUACUCUCUUCUGUAUGGAGCCUUUUGGAACACCCUGUGUAUUCCCCAAGUAACUGAUUUACUACAAAUCAAGGACAGACAAACAAACACACAAAAUAAUAAUAAUAAAAUCUGGAUUAAAAAACAUCUGGUGUUUCUAAUGUUUUUUAUGUUUUCUGAAACACUAUCCCAGAGGUUAAGAACGAAAAUUCUUCAUUGUCUGAAUUGUGGGUAAUCAGGAUUAACAGUGUAUAAGAUGAGUGAAGCGCUCAGGAUGGACCAGGAUGCUUCAGGACAUCAGAAAAAUCUUCGAAGCAAAACAAUUUGGAUCUUUAUAAAUAAGACUUUGUAGUCAAGCCAAACUUAACGAAAGGCAAACGUAAAGUGUUUUAGUUCAUGUAAAUGUUGUACUUUCUUUUCUUGGUAAGGAAGGUGAACUAGACAAACUAGGUGAAUGUUACAUAUGAAUAGUGUAAUCUAGACAUUUUAAAAGCAAUAGAUUCCCAGCAUCAUGUAGGAAUAGUAUAUGCAUUAUUUGGUUUUUUUUUUUUCAAAUGCAUUUGUAUGGAUAAAAAUGUCUGUGUUUUAUGUGAUAAACCAUUGAAGUCCUGGUUUCACUGGAAACGGCCCAAUCAUUUAUUAAUUUAAAUACCGUGUCAAAUAAGAAACUAAUGGCUGAAACAAGGGUCUGACGACAAUUAUUUCGAGAUUGUGUCCAUGCUUUGAAGAAGACUUGCAGCUUAUUUUUGGUCCUCUUAACUCACCUUGUUGAGACAUUUGUCCAAUUCUUCACUGUACCAUAGAACAGAUUUUGUAAUGAUUGUUUUUUUUUUUCAUAUGACAGAAUACAUUAUGCAAGGUGAAGCUCAGAUUUAUAUUUAACCCAUCAGUCAUUAGGUCAAGUUGAACUCUGUCUCCUCAUGGUACAACGCAUAAUUCACUUGUGGCAGGUUGUCUAUGCUGCAGCUGUGAUUGGAUCUGUAACGUCCUUGCUCACAUUAAUGCCAAACCUCAGAAUAAAUCAUGUGUGUGAUUAAUCCUGUGAGUAGAACCAUGGGAAUUGAAAAUAACAUCAAUAGACACCAAAACCGAUAGAUUCUUUUUUUCCAGAUUAAUGGUAUUUAUACUUAAUACCUGCCAUCGACUCCUUGAUGAUCCUAUCCCGUAGCAUCCAUCUGACUUCCUCCUAAAUAGCUUGAAGGCGAGCCUCCGGUACACGGUAGGGCCACUGUCUGACCACCACAUCCUGGCGGUGUUUUGAUCUCAUGCUGGACCAGAUGGGUCAGCCCUGGGGUGGACGAGAUGAUGUCGGCGAACUGGUCCACUACCUCUGUCAGCUCUUGGAGCUGCGUGGGGGUAAGAUCUUCUCCUUAAUUGACCAAGGUACACUCAUUGGGCUCUGAGGGAUCAGCAGAGAA